AUGGGAUUUGAACAACAUGGGGUCAAAUCACCUAGACACCUCUUUGAUAAAUGUUAUCAGGAAGUGAAAAAUGCAUACUUAAAGUUAUCUAAAAUAUACCACCCAGACGUCAACCAGAACGAGGAUGCGAAACGCGCUUUCCAGGAGAUAACAGAGGCCUAUACAGUGUUAGGAAGUGUGAGUGAUAGAAAGCAGUAUGACGACAAUACAUUAGUCUCUAGACUAAAGAAACGACGCCCUACACAGAAACGCCAAGAAAAAGACAGCGACCGAGCUACCUUUGAACAGGUUCAUAGGGCUUUUAAGAAAAACCAGAUUGAUCAGGAGGAACUGUUCGCAGAAUGGAGGAGGAUAGAUGACGAAAAGCGUCGAAGACAUUUUGAGGAGAAUAUGUACAUGGAUCCGGAUUUCAAAGACGAGAAAACUGGAAGACUAGAUAAUAUAUGGAAGGACAUUUGGGACAGAGAUAGAAAGUAUUCCCAAGAGUCUGUUAAAA